AUGCUCCAGGAUGGCCCACCAGACGCGCUCCACGAGGAGACAUUGAUUGAAAUGUUUGACCUCGAUCCCGAAUACUUUCCGUGGAGACCCCCAAUAGCUCAGGAGAUUGAAGAUCGGCGUGUCAAGAUGUCUGAUACUCUCAUAUUCGACAUCUUGCUUUCCUCCGGUGGCGUUCGUCACGGCGCUGCUCUAUAUCCACCCACGGACGCCCAGACACUGAAGCGCCUCUUGGAUGCAAUCGAAGAGUCGACGUAUGAUACUCUAAAGCAGGAUUGUCUGGUUUAUUUCCUCCUUAAGUGGCACCGCGACGGCCGCGAAAGUGUAUUCAAGGACUUGCGAUCCAUACCGCCUCAAUUUGUGGCUCUAGCAGACGCGUACUGGCACCUGGAUUCGGGUAUCGACAUUUCUAGGGCCGUCUGUUUGCUUUCAGACGCGCGCUUGAACAGGGAUUACACGUCCAAGAUUCUACAAGCGCUCUCUCUCGCCGACAACCCCAACCCUCUCAUUCGCAAGUAUGUUCACACAGCCAGACCGCUGCUGACUGAGCCGGAUGACAUUGACGCAUACACGAUUGCGCUGGUUGAUGGGAGCUUCAUGGAGGCGUGGCAGUACCAAAGGACCUUCUCCGAGAAAGGGGAGACGCGCGAGCGACUUGUGCGUAAAAUCCUGGGCUGGUGUCUUGAUCCCUUCGUCCUGCGUUCAGCAAAGCCGCGCUCGACACCUCUCAAACAGCUUCUUGCGUUCCCACUGUCGGGAUACGAAGAGGAACUGCUCCAUUCAUAUGCAAUCGAACCUCCUUCGCACCUUCCCCCAUCAUCGGUUCCAGUUGUGCAGGAUCUGGUUUGUCUGCGACUCGUGCAAGCUGGUCGUUAUGCUGCGGCUGUCAAGCUUGAGAGGCAGCUAUCUGCCCGUGUCACUCAGAAGGCAGGCGACAAAUAUCACAAGGCUGCGCAGGAGCGGAGACAGAUGGUUGACGAUAUUAUGGCUGCGAUGCCAGUUGCGGAGCGGCAGUUACUUGAAGUAGAGUUAGAAGAGCUCGCACGGGGCAAGGGAACUGGCCGACCAUCAUUAUCCAUGUCAUGGUCUGCUAAAGUCAACAGCAACCUCAACCUCGAUGCGUCUUGGGAGAGUGUCCGUGCCCCAACAGUAUCCGCUAACGGAGGUUCUUCCUUUACUGGGCCACGUCUCUCGACUAACUUUGGCGACUCACAUGCGGUAGCUAUACCACACCGUUCGGGGGCACCUCGAUUCGGCGGACCGCUUCCUGAGCCUAGCUCUACGGCGGAGAUGCUUCCGCCCAUCUUGUCCACAAGCGCAUCUCAUGUACCAGGGUCUGCCCCCGUUUCCGCUUCGCAAGCCCUUCCUCUAUUUGGCUCCAGUAUCUCGGGCAUGCGGCAAGAGGGCCAUGUUGGUCUACCCGGGUCAUCGAUGCUGCAAUCUUCAACAAGUCGUGCCGCCCAAAGUAGCUCUUUCGGUAUUCCGACCAAUGCACGCACAGGUUCUCUCUUUGAUACAGUAGGAAGUGCCAAUCAAACACCGAACGCAUUUUAUCAGCCACCCAUUUCUGUUUCUGCCGGCAUGACACGGUCGUUUGGUCAGGACACAAGUAAAACGCCGUUGUCGAGUUCUCAGCAAUUUGAAGGGCCAUCACUCACAGCGGUUGAAGACAUGCUCAACGGGGAUGUCGAGAUGGAAACCGACGAGAAGGAGGUUGUCCCGAACGGCCAUGCGGACGCCUCGCAUAGUAACCACGACAGUCAUGAGAACGGCGAAUCUGCGCCGCAGUUCACAGCUUCCAUAUUUAAUCCUAUAUCCUCUGCCAGUGCCGGCAAACCGCAGCUCUCUCCGCCAGAAUCUAGGAGCAAGGUGCUUCCUGGGGCGUUUGAUCCAGAUUCUGACGAGGACAGCGAGCCUGCGCCACCCACGCCGACUCGGAAGUCGCGCAGGCAACAGCCUGCACUCCGUCCGCGUUCGCCGUCGCCUCCACCACUACGCACUCCGAGGCGCACAGCACGCACUCACAAGCCUAUCACCAAAGAACGCGAUCUUAGCCGUAGUAUACCAGGUGCGUUGAUGGACGAAGAGGAGGAAGAGGAGGAUGAGCUUCCGCCCCUCCCGCCGACCACUCCAGCUGCUCGACGCAGCACCCGCAAAAGUCGCGCGCCCCGCGGUAGCAACAACGAUGACAUGACAGAGGCAGAACUAACACGACGGCCACGGCGAUCUACACGGCUAUCUACCGUCUCGUCCGUCGGCUCAUCAUCUCCAGAACCUCCUUCCCCUCAAAAGCCUCCUGCGAAAACACGCAGUUCGCGUAAAUCUGUUGCAGGGAGCACAGCUGCAUCCAAGGCUACUUCUAGAAGGAAACGAUGA